GGAAUACAAAUAUGUUGAUGGAUUUUACUCAACAAAUUUCAACAAAACAAAUACUUAUAUUAUUGAAAUUAUUAAAGACGUCUAUUUCUAAAUUUGUUGGAAUAUUCUAUAUGUUUCGAGUGCUACUCUGUAUUGACAAGUAGUUAUGGCAAAUCAUUAUGAAGUUCCAAACUGGGCUGGUAAGCCUCCAGUUGGUUUACAUUUGGAUGUAUUGAAAAAUGAUAAAUUAAUACAGAAAUUAAUGGUGGAUGAGAAAAGAUGUUACUUGUUUGGUCGCAAUCAACAAUUAAAUGAUUUUUGUAUCGAUCAUGCUUCCUGUUCUCGAGUUCAUGCUGCACUUGUUUAUCAUAAACAUCUUCACAGAGCAUUUUUAGUAGAUUUGGGCAGUACACAUGGGACAUUUAUUGGUAAUAUGCGCUUAGAAGCACAUAAACCAACACAACUUCCUAUUGAUAGUACAUUUCAUUUUGGAGCAUCUACACGAUAUUAUAUUAUCAGGGAACGACCACAAACUGGUACAAGACCUAUUAUUGAAGAAUUAGAAAAACUUUCAGAAGAUGCUGAUACCGGUGGUUUAUUAGGUUUACCUGAAACAGAAACAGAACUUGAUAAUUUAACAGAAUUCAAUACGGCACAUAAUCGACGCAUAUCCAUGCUUGGUAUCACGGAUGAUGAAAUGCAUAAAAGUACUAGAAAACGAAAGAAAAAAGGUAUAACUUUUAAUGACGAUGAGGAAGUUAUUAAUCCAGAAGAUGUAGAUCCGUCUGUUGGUAGAUUUCGUAAUCUUGUACAAACAACUGUAGUUCCAAGCAAGAGAAUGCGUAUGGAAGGUGGAUUAAUAUCAUUGUCAGAAGAUCAUCAUCCUUUAAAACAUUUACAACCUACGUCAACCGCACCACAACUUUAUCAUGAUCUUCCACCAGAACAAUUUACACCUUCUUCAUUGUCAAUAAAUCCUUUUUCUACAGCUUUAACAUCAUUAACAUCAAGACUUGGUAUUGCACUACCAAAUCCAGCGCCAGAAGUAGAAAUGACUCCAAAUCUUGUACAACCAGAGGUACCACAAGUACCAGAAAUUUCAGGUCCCACAGAACCACGUGCAAUGGAGCCUAAAAAGAAAAAAUAUGCCAAGGAAGCUUGGCCUGGGAAAAAACCUAUACCAUCGCUUUUGGUAUAAUUGUAUUAAAAAUUUUAUACUUUUCUUAACCGUGGGCAUAGCAAAUAUAGUCUACUGUUUCGUUGCUGUAUUCGUGAUAGGCUUAAUAUUUGAAGACUGUUAUAAAUUUAUUACAUAACUUUUAGUUGCCCCUCAUUUCUUCAUAAUUUCUUCAUAACAGUCACUUGUGUUUAAAUUAAACUUAUGUAAUAUUAAUUCUCAUUAUUUACAAUUUAUGUGCUAUAUAAAUAUAAGUAACAUACAUAUUGGUAAAUAGAUUAUAAUUUUAAUAAUAAUUUGAUAUUUGAUAGAAAAAUUUCAAUAAUUAG